UAAAUUCAGGAAAAGGGAAAGGAGAAAAAUCUUCCUUCGCGCUCGUCGCCUCGGCGAGGUGGUGGCAGGUCCCCCCUGCAACCCUCCAAGACCCGGGCGCAGAGGGCGCCUUCUCGCGUGCCUGUGCGCCGCGCUUUCCUUCCCAAACCGCGCGCCCCCUCGCUGCCGGCGCCGCUAGGGUUAAAAGUUACCUCUCGGUUUCUUCUGCCUGCAGCCCCCACCCCCCACGGGGGCCGGAUGAUGUAACCCCCUCCCCGCGCCCUCCCCGCCCCCCUCCACCAUGUGACACUUUAAUUAAUAAUAGCGCCGUCAGCACAACAAACGCACAACCCAAGGAGAAACUUGGUGUCCAGGGGAGGCCCCCGGCGGCUGGAGCGCAGCGGCGGCGGCGGCGGCGGCGGCGGGCGCAGAGGCCGGAGGGCGAGGAGGCGAGGGGCGGCCUGAGCGCGGGGAGGGAACGAGGCGAGCGGUCAUGUGCCCGUGCCCCCUGCACCGCGGCCGCGGCCCCCCGGCCGUGUGCGCCUGCAGCGCGGGCCGCCUGGGUCUGCGCUCGUCCGCCGCGCAGCUCACCGCCGCCAGGCUCAAGGCGCUCGGCGACGAGCUGCACCAGCGCACCAUGUGGCGGCGCCGCGCGCGGAGCCCGAGGGCGCGGGUGCCCGGCGCGCUCCCCACCUACUGGCCCUGGCUGUGCGCGGCCGCGCAGGUGGCGGCGCUGGCAGUCUGGCUGCUCGGCAGGCGGAACUUGUAGGAACGCAGGGCUGCGUGGUGGGGCCAGAGCCGAGACCCAGCCGGAUCGAGCAACAGGUUGGUGAAACCCUGUGUCCUUGGAGAAAGCUGGUUCCCGUUUUCCUGAGGGGGAGCCCAGAGCUUGAAAUGCCGCGGUUGGCACUUCGAGAAGGAAGUGGAGGCUAAAGACGGCACCUGGAGCGAUAGUAGAAACACGGAAUGGGACUGGGGAAACCCUUGGGAGAGCCAGCUGCAGAAACAGAUACCCCAAUGCUAUUUCCGUAUAGCUCUAUAUAUACAACAAAAAGAGAAAAUAUGAAUAUUACGUAUCAGUGCAUGCCUUGUCGAGGACCUGGUCCUUUCCCUUUCUGCACCUUGCGAUGUGAACUCUGAUACUUUGUAAUGUCUGGGGCACCAGAAGAGAGAUGCCCGCUGCUGUGUACCUAGGAAAUUUGCAAAGACUGGUGGGGAUUAGCCCCAGCAUCUUCCAAUUGCCUGGGCAUAGAUGCUGGUGGAAUAAGAGGUAAACUGCAAAAGGCAAGCCAGGAGAACAAGCAAGUGAGGACCUGGGGCCAUCUCUGUAGGGGCAUUCUGGGACACUUCCGUUUCUUGACAGGUCCUAGCCUCUCUUUCUCUCUCCUCGUCGAGAUAGGUUGCUAGAUCCCACUGUCACGAUCAGAGAAAUGGGAUUUUUUUUCUCCCCUCCUACCAAUCUGGUGUCUCUGGUGCUUCACUUUCAAUUUUGCUGGUGCUAAGUGUGUUUUUCCUGGCGCUGCCGUGGUCUUCUGUUGACAGACCUAGAAGGCCAGGGGGACGAGAGAGAUCUCUAUUUUGCUGUUUCACAUUUUUUUUAAAAAGGGAUGAUUCAAAAAAGUGCCACUUCUCUUUCUCUAGGUGGGGUGCAUGCCCAGAGGUGGUGGGGAGUAAGCCCUGGGGUCAGGAGGGAGGAGAAGCGGGGCAGGCUGGCCGAGAGCUAUCUCCUCCGCCCCUGCAGAAGUACCCUGACAGUUCAGCCCAUGGCCUCCCCUGCUCCUCGGGAGGUGUCAGGACUUAGGUUUUAUGGGUUAGAGAGCCAAGAAAUGGCUACAUUCUGUUGGAGAGUGAUUUAUAAGCAAGGGACACUGGGGGAGGGACGGGGCAUUGAGAUGAAAUGUACCAACAUCUCACUGACUUUCAGAGGUUUUAACCUCCCCCUCUCCCUGUGCACGCCAGGAUAAGCUACUAUUUUCAGAAGUUUCUAGAAGGGCUAAAAAAAAAAAAAAAAUGUGUGCUGGACUGAGACUUGGCUGCAGAGACUCUCCAGGGAGCUACGACUAUUUUUUUUUUUCUUUCUUUUUUAAAAAUGGAAGAAAAGCAGGUAUUAUUUCUCUGUGCAGGCAGAGUACCACACACAGUCGCUGCCAUUUUCAAGGCUGAGGUGGCAGGGUGGGGGUGCAGACUCAGUCACUCACAAGGCUGACUUUGCAGGUCACCAGCCAGCGCCUAGGCACCAAGGGGCACGCUGGACUGGGAGGCAGACUUUUUGUUUAUUAAACGAGCGGCAGGAGCAGCAGGUGUUACAGCACAGGGGGCUAAAGGGGGAUGAAUGAUCCCUUGCUGAAAACCACUGGGUCCUCAAGCCCGUACCUCCUGUCAGGGUUGCUGCAAGCUGAGAGCUGGAGCUCUUUCUCCUUUUCUCUUCCUCUUUUGCUAUUUUUUAAUGCAUGCCUAAUGUUUGCCUAAAGAGUCCUUUCAAAAAAAAAAUGCAACCCAGAACUGCCAGAAAGCAUGGAGACACCCUGCACCCAACUUCCGAAUGCACCCCUCCGCCCCCAGCUGAACUCAGCAAAGCAAAAAAGCUGGUUUCUUAGAAAGUGUGUCCCCUACAUCACUGGAGCCUCCCCCCAGGCGAUGGUUGCAAGGGACCAGUGAGCAGGCAGGGGCUGCAGAGGGGGCAGCCGAUGGGCCCACCGAGGCAGGGACCUAAGAGGGGGCAGACUCACUGGAAUGGUCUCUGCUUGCAUUUGUGUCCUUUUCUAGCUAGUGACAACUGACCCAUUUUCUGGGGACAGGGUUCCCAUUACUACAGCUGUGCAGUUCUCUACUCCUUUAAGGCUGUACCUUUAAGAUUGAGGUGGGGCUGCGCGCUGGCCCCUCGAGACCCAAGGAAAGGGUGAAAGUCAGAGGAUCCCAUUUUUCUCUCCCCUGCCCUGACUUGUGUGCUAGUUGAUGACAUUUCCCCUGGAGGAUCCAAACUCCAAACGCGGGGUUGGCGUUGGGGGCAAUUUCGAUUUCAAUGAAGCCACAUUGCUGAGAGAACUGGGCACCCAAGGCCUCCCGAGGGAGCUCUACAGCCAAGUCCCUUGUACAUAUUCUCAUGUAUUAUUGGAAACUGUGUGUUUAUCAAACCCUGCCUCUUUCUUGCAUAUUCUUAAUUUGAGUGCACUUCUCAACUGCCCCGAUUUUUGACAAGGGGUUGUUUUUAAUGCUUGUUUUUAUAUGAGAUUUGACUUCUCGAUGGACAUUUGUAUUAGAAAAUUGAAGCAUGAUAUAUAUAUGUAUAUACUGUCUCCGCUGUCUCUCCUGUUGCAUUACUUGGAUCGCAUGAGAUAGUGGGAUGGGUUUUUUUGUGUGUGUUUUUUAAAAAAAGAUUUCCCCAGUGUGCAAAGUGCUGGCACCCCCCACCCCUUCCCUCUGGCUGCCAAGGAGUCAUUGAUUUUGAUUAGCUUCACUGCAGAGCGGCUGUGAAGGGAGACAGAGAGGGAGGGAGGGAGGCUUUGAAAUAAAUUUUAAAAAAGACCUCAUAUCGGGUUUCAGCAGACAGCAGUGUGUGUGUGUGUGUGUGUGUGUGUGUGUGCGCGCGUGUGUGUGUGUGUGUGUCCGUGCGAAGCAGAAGGGUGCCUCUGAGAUCAUCGCUUAGGUAGCUGGCUGCAUAAUGAGGUGGGGGGUCCCUUCCCUCCUCAUUCCUCAGGUGCUGCUUGCUCUUACAGGGUGGGGCUCUGGGCCAGGGGGACUGAAGCCCUGUGGGACCCCACGCCUUCCAGAUACGAUCCAUUCCCUUCUGGAAGCCUCUCUUCUGCACCCCACCCCCCAUAAACAACAGUUUUCCAGGUAUGCUGCUUCAUUUCCUGUUUCCAAUGUCAUAGAUGUAGUUUGAGUAAAUUUCUUGGGGCGCCCACUGGCCCCACUGGCCGCUGUCCAUGGUCCUAGGUCUGGGGCACCUCAAGACAAUCCCAGUCCCGGCCCCACCUUCCCCUUCAUCGGCAUACUGGAGAUUUCCUUUCCACAUCUCUCAGUGGCCUCAUUUUGUUUCUUUACUAUUUUGAUAUGGGGAAAAUGGUGAUUUAAACAAUACUGUCACAGAACAAUGAAGCUGUGACGGGUUUUACGAUUUAUGUAGCUGAGCUCAUGUAGUCUUCUCUCUUGUCGUAUUUCUGACAUUGACAAAUAUCAUCCUCCCCUGCUGGGAAACCAACUGAGAGAGUCCAGGCAUCCUCCUCCUGCACAAGUGUCUUUUGGGGACACUGGAGCAGCGCUGUGGACUUUUUGGAGAGUCCACUUGAUGUUAGAAGCUGCCGUGACCAGAAUACAGAUUAUGUUGUUCUGUGUGGAUGCCAAUUUCUUCUCUGAAAACUCCCUUAAGUCAACCCAGGGGAACCAGAGGGUAGAAGUUGGUUAGGGAACGAGAGUGCAGGCACGUUAGAUACCAGUGAGUCCUGUGGGAGCCAAACAGAGAACCUCCUUGGAGGGAGGAAGCCGAUGUUGUCAAAGUGUCAUUUCAAAGCUUAAGCUGAAAGUUUAUUUUUAAAAACCAAAUUGAUUCACUCAACGACUGUUUAUUGAGCAUAUUUAUCUAUAGGGUGCCAGGUUGUAGAAUUGAAUCUCAGAAGAGACUGACUUAUUGACCGGGAAGGGGCAGUCCUGCUUGGAACCAGAUGAUGUGAAAUAUUCCUUUCCAGUCUGGUUCACAAUUUUUCACAGAUUUGUCAGGUCACCACUGUGACCCCAAGCCUUGCUGGCAGAUUGUUAUAUAGUAUUUACUGUGUGCCACGCUAUCAGCCUUCCCGACUCAUUCCCAGCAUGUGGACUGGUCCCCGCCACCUUAUUCAGUGAUUCAGACUUCCCUUUCCAGAGAGCCGGCUGUCAUGGAGCACUGUGGAAAGUGCUUUGCACACCCGCUCCCUUGGGAUUCUGCACACCCCACUCUAGCUGAUCCUCUGGUUAGUUCCACUUGAGAGCUCAGGCUCCAAGAGUUUAAGCAGUGUGGUCUAAGUCUUCCCCAAGAGUGAUGUGGCUGAGCCAGGGUUUGGGUCCAAGUCUGUAUGACCUCCCCAAGCUCAAGCACUGCUGCUGUGUUACAUUGGAUCUCUUUGUGAGGUGGACCACAGCCCUGCUAGGUCAAGGGCAAGCAUCCCUCGGUCAAGAGCAGUACAUAUGGAUGGCCCAGCAGGCAACUGGGAGUCUGACUUAGGCCCACUGGAAAGAUGUCACAUUUGGGGACGCUCGAGCGCAGGCUGGUUUUGUGGGGGAUUUUGUGGACACACCCCCUCUCCUUUGUGUUCUUGGUUCCUGUGGUCUGGGGCAGGAGUAUCUAAUUUGCAAACAGGGCCUGCCUGACCACUGCAUAGGUGGGAAGCUUUUCUUUCUUCUCUCCUGCCUUCUCUCCCCGUUUGAGCCCCCCAAGUCCUUCCCCUAGGUCUUUUGCACUAUAAGCGCCAGGGAGCCCGAGUGCGUGGCAGGAAUGGUGUGUGGGUACUGGGAACCUCGGUGGGGCCCCUGGCCCAGCCAGAGAGGCAAUAAGCUUGAGGACAUUCCGUUCUGGGUUCUGACGUUGUUGGUUCAUUGUGCUCUUUUGUAAGAGGAAUUUCAUACCUUGGAAAUGCUUUGUACAUAUUUGUAAUGAUUUUAUUAAAAAAUUGAUUGUGCACUUCUA